AUGAUUUCUACACAUCAUGAAGUUGACGCCUUCGAUGACCCGGUAUGUUUUUUUUUUCUUUCUAAAAUUCUCAGUUUCUUCAAGAUCCCUUUAGUUGCCUAUCAGACCUAAAAUUUUAAACCGUAGCGAGUUUAGUUACUCAGGAAACUGAUCUUUCAAACAUUUUUUUUUUUAAAUCGAAUUUUUUCACAUUUUCUAUUGACUACUUGGUCUCUUAUCGGCUGUUGUUUUCAAUGCCCAUCGAUAAAAAGGUUGCCUUUUUUUGAUUCCAGCUGAAAGUUAAUUCAAUUUAUAGCUUUUGUCAAUCAUUUUUGAGCUAUUUUUUCUCGAAACUAGUGAUGAUAAUUUGUAUUGUACUUUUUCAUACUUUCGCUGAAAAUAACUGGACGACGUGAGAAAUCUCAGAAUUUUUCUCCAGCCUUGGGACCUUGUUUUCUAAAAAUUGAUUUUUCGAUUCUAGGUAUUUUUCUUGUCGUUGCUACAAAUGUAAAACAACAUCCUACGCUCCAAUUCGGAUUCAGAAAAAAAAACAGGUGUUCAACUUAUCAAUCAAGUGAGACGCACUUUGAUCUUUUGACCCGAAUGAACUGAGAUCAAAACUUUUUAUUAUUCGUGAAGUUUCCACGGAAAAAUUUAGUGUUCGGUAAAAAAAAAACAGUUUUAGGAUUUGCUUCCUAUUACACGAGAAAAGAUUGUUUUGAUCUUUUUGAUCUCGAGCAAAUAUGAAUAUAAUAUUGUUUGAAAAAAAGUGCCGUUUUCAUUUACUCAAAUAUUUUUUUAUCAUAUCGAACUUGCAAAAACAACUCUGUUCAUUUGACCUUUAUGAGGGAAGGAUUCGUGUAGGUCAACGCGCGAAUUCUGCCGAGCGGCCCCUUUGCCCUUCUCCGAGUCGUUUUUUUGCGUCGUCACUCCGAAAAAAACAGAUUUCUCGCAUUCUCUCUCGUUUGUUGUUGUUGUUGUUUUAGAUGUUUACGCAAAUUACAAUGCGUUUUUCGAAAAUCAUUUUUUUCAAGUUUUUGGUGAUGAUCAUUUGAACUUCUUUUUUUCAGAAAGAAGUAAGAAAAGUUCGAAGAGAGUCGGAAGUAUUUUUGUGGAAAUUUUUUUAAAAACACUCUUUUUUUCUUGUCUUUUUUUCAUCAAAUAAUUGAUCAAAACACAGCGAAGGUGCUCGUUUUAAAAUUGAUAAUGACAAAAACAAAGAUCAAUCCAUUGUGAAGUCGAAUAAUUUUUUUCUUCUUUAAAUAAACUUAAACUCUGUUUUUGUAGGAUUUCUGGACCAAAUCUUUUCAAAUCUGUUCAAAAAUUUUUCUUGGGGUUUUGAAAACCAAAAAUUCGCAGGCCUAAAAAUACCCUCGAAGUCCUUUCUUUCAUUUCCUCCCCGAACGCUACAAAUAUCCGAAAAAAACUUUCCCUGAGCCUUUAACACCUUCAAAUUUUUUUGAUGAAUCUUUUAAUUUUCAUUCAUAGGACAUGAAAAAUUUUUUUCUCAUGAAACUUAUUAAAUUUCCUAUGAGACAAAAAAACUUGAUCAAAUUUGAAAAAAAUUAAUCAGUAUCGUACAAUUUUGGGAUUACAGCUCACAGUUUCAAGAAAAUUAUUUGUCGUUUUUUUCCUUUUUUUCCAUAACGUUUUUUUGCCGUCCUUUCUUAUUGCAAAAUAAAAACCCAGAGAAUGUUGUGCGUUCCUUUUUCCGCCUAAAAUCGAUUAAGUCUCCUUUUCUCAUCCUACUUCUCAGUUCUUUUUUGUCUUGGCAAACAUUUUUUUCAUUUCAUUUUUUUCAUUAAACUGAAUAUUUUCGAUUUUCAGAGGAUGACGGAAGUAUCUUUCCGCGAAGACAGAAACACGAUGCGCCGUUUCGAUUCCAUCGUCCCGACGGCGGGAAAAGAAGGAUCGGACAUCAUGUUCAACUUGUACAAAGGCCGUGGAUUGGCCGUUUUUCACCUCCGGAGGCGAUUCUCAAGGUUCGUCAAUAUUCGAACUUCUUGAGUUCAAGGAUAAUAAAAUUACUAUUAUGACGAAAGUAAGACUAAAAUCAUAUUUUUGUAAGUUUUUUUAAUUUAAUUUUUUUAUAAAACUGGAAUUCAGAAAAGCCACCCCCAAAUCAAAAAGUUAUUAGAAAAACUGUAAAAGCAGUAUAUGAAAAAUUUUUGGCUUUCUCAUCUUAAUAUCUUCAUUGCUGAGAAAUGGAACCUGUGCAAACUCUGAACAAACCAGAGCAUGAGCUCUUUUUCAGUGUAAUGUGUAGAUUCACACGUGUAUCUCCGUUUUUUUGUCCCGAUUGAUGUUCUGAAAAACAGGAAUGAACGCCGCGGUGAGAUCCGUGGUGAGAAUGGGAAUCUACUUGGGAUGUCGGGUCUACUGCAUCAAUGAAGGCUACCAAGGGAUGGUGGAUGGUGGCGACAAUGUCAAGGAAGCCGACUGGAACCAAGUUUCCGACAUCAUUCAGAAGGUUCGACUUUGAGGCGGAAUUGCAGGGAGAACAAAAGAAGCAAAAUGAUUCAAGAGCAAUUUAGGACGGCUACGAAAUUUGAGAACGAAGGAGUCUAAGGAGAAAAUUUGAAACUUCGAAAGUUUAAAGCGAUUUAGCAGAAAGCACAAUUUUAAGAAAAAUAUUUUUUCACCGAUGUUGACAAAUUAGAAAAAAAUUCAAUAGAUAAUCUAUUGAUCAGAUUGUUUUCACAGAGCUUCAUGAUGAUGAUGAUAACAAUUUUUUUGAUCAUUUUUAAUGUGACAAAAAUUUGAAAAAAACUCUGAUUGUAUAGAUUCAAAACACUUUACAAUUUUUUCAGAAACUCAGAAAGAAAUUCCAAGUUCCAACUCUAGAGCGGUUGAUUCAUAGGGAAACCUAAAAAGGAAACUAGAUUAAAUAUCUUUUUAUAUAAACGGAAGAUCAAAGAUAUGUUACCCGGAACUUACCUCCUCCUCAUGAAUUUUAUGAAAUUUAUCAUUUUGGUUUUUAGGGAGGCACAAUCAUCGGCUCGGCUAGAUGUGCUGACUUCCGCACACCCGAAGGUCGUCUCAAGGUCACAAUCAUUUCUGAAAAGUUUCGAGAAAAAAAUGUACUUUUCCAGGCGGCUUACAACCUCAUUUCUCGAGGUAUCGGCAACAUUGUGUGCAUCGGUGGUGAUGGUACUCUUACUGGAGCCAACCAGUUCCGGAAGGAUUGGCCAGACCUUGUCAAGUCCCUUCUGGAGUCUCAGAAGGUAAAUUUUUCACGUAUUCAAUUACAGUUUUGCCUUUCCAAGCAGUCGAAUUGUUUUAUAAUUUGCCGUUCAAUUUUUUGACGACGAUAGGUUUUUUAACGCUUUGAUUCAUUGAAAAGUUUAAACUUCGUGUCUCUGAAACUUUGAAAUUUUAUUGACUUUUCGAAAACAAUCAAAAAAUUUCAGAUCACCGAACAGCAAGCUGAAGCCUCUCCCAAUAUCCAAAUUGUCGGUUUGGUCGGUUCAAUCGACAACGAUUUCUGUGGUUCGCAUAUCUAUUUUUUAUUUUGUUCAUGUAGAAACUCUAAUGAGAAUCUUUUCUCAAAACAAUUCUCCAUAUUUUGAUGGAUUAUCACCUUUUAGGAACCGACAUGACCAUUGGUACGGAUUCGGCUCUUCAAAGAAUCAUUGAGAGCAUCGACGCUGUAGUCGCCACGGCCCAAAGUCAUCAGCGUGCUUUCGUCGUUGAGGUGAACUUUAUUCCACUGUGAACAAAUUUUUGUGGAAGGUAAUCAACAUUCUGAUGAUUUGCAGGUCAUGGGACGUCAUUGCGGUUACCUGGCCCUUGUCGCUGCUUUGGCUUCCGAAGCCGAUUUCUGCUUCAUUCCCGAGUGGCCGGCUCCAUCGAACUGGCCUGAAGUCCUUUGCAAAAAACUUCAUGAGGUUUUUUUUUUGAGGACAAUAAUGCUGACUUGAAUAAGUGGUAUUUUAACUGCGCAAGUUUUUUGCACAUAUUUUCUCAUUAUUUAUCAUCUUAACAUCCUUCAGGUCAUUUUCUCCUUAGUUUUUCCUUCUGUCGUCAACUUUCAGAGCUUAAAGAUUAAAGUUAUGUUAAAAAUUAAAAGAAAACGAAAAUUUUUUAAACAAUUGAAAAUGUGUUGAAAACCGUAGCAACUUCAGAUGAGAUCAGAAGGACAACGCCUAAACAUCAUCAUCGUCGCUGAAGGUGCCCUUGACCGCGAAGGACAGCCCAUCACAGCCGAGAAAGUGAAAGACGUCAUCAAAAACACUUUGCACUACGAUACUCGAGUGAGUUCAAAUAUUUUCUUCCAAACCCCAGUUAUUAUCACCAGGUCACCGUUCUCGGACACGUCCAACGUGGAGGUGCUCCAUCCGCCUUUGACCGACUUCUUGGCAGUCGAAUGGGAGCUGAAGCUGUUUUGGCUUUGAUGGAAAUGGACAAUGUGAGAUCGAAAAAAAGUUUUAAAAAUUACGAUGAGUUUUGUUUCAGGAAUCGGAACCUUGCGUCAUUUCGAUUGAUGGUAACCAGAUGGUCCGUGUGCCUUUGAUGCAAUGCGUCGAAAGAACCCAACAGGUGUUUCUAUAUUUUCACUCCCGGAUUUUACAAUGAAUAUGGACACUUCUGCCGUUAAAAUUUUGAAAAAAUGACAGUUCGCUUUAAAAAAAAAGUCUUUUUUCUCUUACAGCUGCUCCUAAAACCGUGUGUGCUUUUGGAGAAGCUGUAAAAGGUUUUUUGACUCAGUUCGUUUUACAGGUCCAAAAGGCAAUGGCUGACAAGGACUGGGAAACAGCUGUCAAAUUGCGUGGUCGCAGUUUCCAACGCAACUUGGAGACUUAUAAGCUUCUGACGAAACUGCGCAUGGUUGAGAAAGACAAUCUUUCUGAAGGCCAUCACUUCAAUGUGGCUGUCAUGAACGUCGGCGCUCCUUCUGGGGGUAAUGAAGGAGAUUUCCUGUUUAAAAAAAUAUCAAUGGAAUUUUUCUGAAACUUAGGAAAUCUUUCGAAAUUAUGGUCUAAAUGAAGACCUCGGCACUUAAAAAAAGCGUCUAAUGUCACCAAGUCAUUUGAAUUUAAAAAAACUUUUAUGAUUUCAAUGAGUCUUUGAAAGAAUGCUUUUUUUAGGUAAGCUAUCUGCAAAUAAUAUUUCAAGCAACAAAUUCAAAAAGAAAUUUCGGAAGUUCAUAAAAAAAUUUAUACUGAAUAUGAACGACAGAGCGAAAUUUGACUAACUUCUUUUUCCUUUGAACUUCGAGUUUCCAGGUAUGAACGCGGCUGUCCGUUCCUUCGUGCGAAUGGGACUCUACCAUCAGUGCAAAGUUUAUGGAAUCGAAGACUCUUUCGAAGGCCUUGCCAACGGAUCUUUCCGCGUUUGUUCAUCAUUUUUUAUCCUCUUAUUCACUAUUUUAUAAAUUCAGGAAUUCAAAUGGGGCGAUGUGACUAACUGGGUGAUGUACGGAGGUUCAUUCCUUGGGACCCAAAAGUCGCUGCCAACCGACAAAACGAUUGGAAAGAUUGCUGAGCAACUGAAAAAGUUCAAUAUUCAAGCUCUGCUUCUUGUCGGAGGCUUCGAGGUGCUCAAAGCUCAGAAAUAUGUUUGUCAAUUGGAGUUUAGGCCUACCAUUCGACUUUGAUCUUGUCGCGGUACCGUGAGAAGUUCCCCGAGCUCCGCAUUCCCAUGUGCAUCAUCCCCUGUACUAUUUCUAACAAUGUUCCUGGUGAGACAGAACAUAAAAACUUUAAAAAUGAAUUACCAUAACUCUCAAGGUCAGGCGUAUUUAAGUCAAAAGAAAAUCACUUUGCAUUUUUAAUGGGCUUUUUGAAAGAAAUGAGGUCCAAGCUCCCAAAACUUGACCCCACGUUUUGAAACAAUGAAUAAGUAUUUUUCAAUUCUUUCAUGAAAACUGAUUCAAUUCCAGGAACAUCCCUGUCCCUCGGAUCGGACACGGCAGUCAAUGAAAUCUGCAGCAUGAUUGACAAAAUCAAGCAGUCAGCCACUGGUACCAAGCGAAGGUACAAUUUAACUUGAUUUUUCUAAUCCUCAAGAUCGUUUUUCAGAGUAUUUAUCAUUGAGACUAUGGGUGGCUACUGUGGCUAUCUCGCCACAUUGUCUGCUCUGGCAUCGGGUGCCGAUAACGCCUACAUUUUCGAAGAAAGCUUUACCGUUGAAGAUAUUGUAGAAGACGUCAGGGUGAGUUUUCAGAAAAAUGCUUCGGGUUCCAAAACCUUAUUUUCAGGUCAUUUCCGCAAAGAUGGAGCGCGGUGUGAAACGAUAUUUGAUCGUGAGAAAUGAAUGCGCCGACAAGAACCUCACGACUGAUUUCGUCCAGAAGUUGUUCGAGUCCGAAGGAGCUGGCGAGGUUCGAGAAAAUGCAAUGGUUAGAAUAUAAUUGCUGAUUUCAGUUCUCGACCCGUGUCAACGUUCUGGGACACGCACAGCAAGGUGGAAGCCCGACUCCUUUUGACAGAAAUAUGGGAACCAAAUUGGCGGCUCGAGCUUUGGAGUAUUUGAUCACUCAGAUCAAGGUGAGGAUAUUUUUAAUUGAUCGUAAAUCCUUUGAAAAUUCAAAAUUUCUUUGAACAGAAGAUUUGGGAUCCUUGUUUUGAGAAUUUUCGAUUUCUUCAAAAAUCGGAAUUUCGUUUUCAAAGAGAAACAUUGCAUACUCCUGAGUUGUUAACGGUUUUUUUCGAAGCUAUGAUAAUCCAAAAAAAAGCCUUUUUUCGAAAAUUUUAAUCUAUUGAUAUCCUCACUUUUCUCAAACUUUUAGGAAAUGUUCCAGCUUUCCCCAGGAGAGUUUAUUCUUGUUAAUGGCACUAAAUUAUCACUAAACCAGUAACAGCUCAUUUUUAAACUUUAUGGAAAGAUAGUAACUGAGAAAAUUUAACCACUUCACAGGAGUACCGACAAGAAGACGGUGGCGUCAACGCCAACACCCCUGACACGGCGACUUUGCUUGGACUCAUGGGCCGGAAAGUUGUGAGUCGCUUUUUUUCUGACGCAAACUGAAUGAAUUAUGCGAGAGUGUAGGGCCAAAAGCUUUCGGACUAAUUUUCAAUGUGUGAACUUGUGAAUAAUUCCACGUUCUGAGAACAUUAUGACAAUGAGCCAGUUUCUGAAUGACGUUGGAUGAUCUAUGGUUUAAUCUCGAUGACUUUUUGUUUUAAGAAAAGCAAAAAAACGUUUUCAGGUGUUUACUCCUGUCGAAGAGCUUGCCGAAGAAACGGAUUUCAAGCAUCGACUACCAUCUUCGCAAUGGUAUGUUUGCAAAUCUCUAGAAAAAGGAAUUUUUCGGAAUGCCACAAAGGAUCAAGUUGUACACAAAAUACUUUUCCGGGUAAUUUUCUUCACCAGUUAAAAAGUGAAUUUUGUUACUCAGUUUGAAUUUUGCCUUUUUCUUGUGAGACAUGUGGUUUAGACCUAUUAAAAUUUAGAUUUGAAUCGUUUCAAAAUCUAUCAUCAUUUAAAAACUCUUCAUAGUAUAUUUACAGAAGACAAAAUCUGAGCUUUGAUUUGAACACAGUUACUUUGAUUGGACGUUCACAAUUUAAACCUUGUUUGUUUCUUUUUUUUAAAUGAUUUCACAUCUGGGAAGAGCCUAAGCUGACUAAAAUUUGAUGUUACCUGUGAUAGCUUUUACUUACUGUUUCCAAGAGAGUUUAAAAUGUUCCCACCAACCAUCUUGAGAAUCUCAUUCUUCCAACUGCUUUUUACAAAUAAUGUGAAAAACUUUGAGGUGGCUGAAACUGCGUCCGUUGUUGCGUAUCCUGGCCAAACAUCGUGACACGUACUACACAGAAGCCGAAGAAGAAGCCGUGGAAGGCGAGACAGAGGCGCCCGACACGCAUGUUGUGUGA